UAGCAGCAUAUCCGAUUCGGAUAUCUAUGUCAGGUGACAUGUCACAUGACAAUGACAACCUUCCCUCAUCGCGGAAAGAAACAAUUCUGAAUGUGAAAAUGGCGAAAGAGGUCGAAAAUUUCAACGGUUGUUAUUGUCUGGUCAGCACCAAUCCACGCUACAAGGGAUGGACAUAUAUUGGUUAUACAGUGGAUCCGAAGAGAAGGGUUGGUCAACACAAUAAAGGUUCCAAAUUUGGAGGUGCAUACAGAACAAGUGGAAAGGGUCCUUGGGAUAUGGUGUUAAUAAUAUUUGGCUUUCCAAAUGAAAUUACAGCACUAAGAUUUGAAUGGGCAUGGCAGCACCCGACAAAAUCCAGGCGGCUGCGCCACAUUCCCCGAAAGACCGGGAAGGAGACAGCCUUUCAGUACCGCUUCCGGGUCGUCUCCAACAUGCUGCGUGUCGGGCCCUGGUGUCGUCUCCCUCUCACGGUUCAGUGGCUCAUGCAGGAGUACAAGCAGGAGUUUGAUGUUAGGCUACAGCCCCCAAGUCACAUGCCCAUAUCGUAUGGUCAGGUGACAAGCACGAAGGUUGGUGGUUAUGGAAACCCAAGGAGAAUGAAAAAGAGGAAAGGUAAAAAGGACAAGAGUUCAGAUUCUCAGAAUUUAUCUGAAGAAGAUGAUGAUGUGGAAGCCAUUCCUUCAAGCCAAACUGCAGGCAAAAGAUGCAUCAUCUGUGGAAAGAGAUUCCAGGAUGAUGAGACUAUGCUGACUUGCCUUUACCCAUCAUGCAAAGCAGAGUAUCACAUGAUAUGCGUGUCAAAACGCUUCCUUAAAAAUGAUCCUGACCAACUUCUGCCUAUAGAGGGCUCCUGUCCAUCCUGCAAGGAAGUGGUCUUGUGGGGUGACUUGAUUAGGAAGAAGCAAGGAUGCUAUGCAAAGUUAGCAGAGAUAUCAGAAGAAGACGAAUCAGACCACUGGGCCGAGGAUCUUAGAUCUACAUAGAUACAACACAAAGCUGAGGAAAAACGUACAUGCAAGAAAAGUAUUUAAAGUCAUUUCCUAGUUACUUUGGUGUAGCAAGUGAACAGGAUAAUUUUUUUACACGUACAUUCAAAUCAUUUCCGGUAAUUCAAGCUGUGGUUCGUAGACCUUCUGGCCCCAACAAUUUUGUGUGCAUUAUUUGUCAGUGCUCUUACCCCCAAAUUUGCAGAUAAACCCCCUUUCUUUACUCCCAUGAAAACACAACAAUUUAAUUAUUAAUAAAUAAGUUUAACUAUUUCAGGUUAAGAGUUACCAAGAUUGAAUUAUACCCACUCUCAGGCCACAAUAUUCAGUUACCAUCAAUUAAUUUCUUCUCAAGUUCUGUAUAAUCAUAAAAGGAGUCCUAAAAUGUAGUUUGUGAUAAUGAAUUGUUUUGAUUUUAGUACAUUGAAAACUGUCAUAUAUAUGCAGUUCAUAGUAGCAUUUCACAGAUUUAAUGUACAUGUAGUUCUACCCUUUAUCAACAUUUCUUAAAAUGUCAGAAGAAAUAUCUCAGAGGUCCCAUUAGGUUAUACACUUGGAAAAAGAAGAAUAAUUUUAUUUUUAGAAAGAAUUCCAUUUAGCUAAAUAUGAACGAGUCUCAAUCGUCACAACUAAGGGAAUUUUGUUACCAUGGUUACCGCCAUAACACCUUGAUUAUUUAAAUAGCAUUUUAAUCAGAACAGAACUAUAGAAUAAAAACAGGAUUCAGUUCGAAAUAACGCUUCCAUUGCAAUCCUCAAUUAUAAGUGAUUGGAAAUACAUGUUAAGUAUUUAUAUUAGUUCUAUUCAUACUGUAUGUAUUGUGAUAAUCUCCAUUGCAUGUAUCAACAAAAUUCAUUCUGCUAAUAGUUUGCCAGUUUUUAUUAUUUAAAAAAUGUAUUCCUUCCAGAACUAUGAAUUGGUGAUCUGUGUUGUGUUAAUUGGUUAUAUUUCUCAAGACAGAAUUGAAUUUAUUUUUCAAUGAAUUUAUAUAAUAAAAAUCUCCUACUUUCAAUUUUUAAGCAAAGGGUAUACAUUUCAAUAGCUCACAUUUUAAUUAAGAUUUGCAUGAUAGUGAUGUAUGUUUUUUGUUAUACUACCUGUGUUUACAAGUGCAAUGGACCAUGUAUUUAAAAAGUAUGUUUUUAAUGAUUUUGUGUAUGUUGUACAAUGCUUUAUACACUUCCAAGUAAGUAUGUAAUAUGAACUGAUUCUUGGUCACUUAGAAUAGCAAAUCUUUGAUUUUAAAAAAGGAGACAUGUUAAUACAUGCACAUUCAAUGAAUUUGUAAUAAACUUCAUUCUUAAGAGUUAGAUUGGAAGUGUAGCUUGUUUGAAUAUUUUUUGAUGAAGAGCUGUAUCUCAGGUUCAUUAUUUAUUUUAUCUACCAUAUUGGUAUGUAUUGUGCUGUUGUUGUCAAACAAGUUGCAAGAAGCUGAACAUUAUCUUAUUAAAUUAUUUUAUAUGAAAGUAAAA